AGAACUCGAAACCCAAUGACAAUUCAGGAAGCACUCCUGACAGGUUCGUUGGCGUUGGCCAAAGAUUGCUUAGGCUUGAGUAAAACGUUAUGGGCGUUUCCGAAUACCAUCGACAUUAUCGACAUUAGUCUCUUCUCUUACCUUUACCUAUCGCUUGUCAAGGACAGGAACACACUGCACACAAUGGCAUCCUCAACCCCUUUGACCGAGGCCAACACCACCUUUACCCUGGCGUUGUUCAAAAAGAUCACGGAGGAAAACAAGACUGGCAAUGUCUUCUACUCUCCUCUCAGCAUCUCUUCGGCCCUGGCCAUGGUGCUGCUGGGUGCACGGGGGAACACCUCCACACAGAUGUCAGAGGUGCUCUGCUUCUCCGAGGCAGAGGGACCCCAGCAGCAGGCUCUUCCAGCACUGGCACAGAUGCAGAUGCAGCAGAGGGCGCCCACCACCUUUCUGCCACCGUUUCUGCUCAAGAGGAUGGCGCUGCAACAUCAGAAGGGCGAAGAGGACAUCAACGCCAGCUUCUCCAAACUGCUGAGCGAGCUGAACAAGCCAGACGCGCUGUACUCCCUCAGUCUGGCCAACAGGCUGUAUGGAGAGAAGACUUACCAGUUUGUUCAGGAGUUCCUGGAUGAAACCAGGAAGUACUACCAGGCAGACCUUCAGUCUGUGGACUUCAAAGCCAAGGCAGAGGAGGCCAGGGUGGAGAUAAACACCUGGGUGGAGAAACAGACACAAGAUAAAAUCAAGGACCUGUUGGUACCUGGUGUGGUUGACUCGCUGACAAAGUUGGUGCUGGUCAACGCCAUCUACUUCAAGGGAAAGUGGGACAAGCAGUUUAAGGAGGAAGCCACCAAGGAGACUGCCUUCAAACUGAACAAGAAUGACACUAAGAAGGUGAAGAUGAUGCACCACAAAGCAACUUUCCCACUUGCCUUCAUCCCUGAGGCCAAUUGCCAGAUCCUGGAGCUGCCCUAUGAAGGCAAAGAACUCAGCAUGCUGAUCUGCCUCCCAAUGGAAAUUGAGGACGGCACCACCGGCCUGGAGAAGCUGGAAGCGAUGCUGACCUACGAGACCUUCAUGGAAUGGACCCGGCCAGACAUGAUGGACCAGAGUGAAGUCAAUGUGGGCCUGCCGCGAUUCAAGAUGACGCAGACCUACGACAUGAAAGACCUGCUGGUCAGCAUGGGCAUGGUGGACGCCUUCGACCAGGGCCUCAGUGACUUCUCUGGCAUGUCCUCGGCCAACGACCUGGUGCUGUCCAAGGUGGUCCACAAGGCCUUCGUGGAGGUCAACGAGGAGGGCACCGAGGCCGCCGCCGCCACCGCUGCCAUCAUGAUGCUGCGAUGCAUCAGGGUUAUCCCCCAAUUCGUCGCCGACCACCCCUUCCUCUUCUUCAUCCGCCACAACCCCAGCAAGAGCAUCCUGUUCGCCGGCCGCUACAGCUCACCUGAGUGAUGGCUGAGGGUGGGGGGCGGGGGAGGUGGACACGUGUGUGUGUGUGUGUGUGCGUGUCUAUGAGAGCCUCCAGUGUGAAGUGCAUAGCGCUUGCCCACAUCUAUUAAGUGUUCACUUGUCUUUUAAACUGGAGGAGACCUGCCUUGAUCAAACCGGGGUGGUGCUUCGAAACUUUUUUCGAUGCACGUAUAUAAUUUCCGUAUAAAAUACAUUUUUAGCAUUAUAUAAUAAUUCCGUAUAUAAUAUUUUUUUUGCAUUGAGGUCACUCAUGUUGGUGGUAUGCAUUCACAUACAGUCUACUGUUGGGUCAACACUGAGUGGAACAAUGGAUUUACUGGUAUGACACACUAGCCUUGCGCUGUAUACCCCCGGUUUGUCACUCUCCAGCCUUAGGUCCCCCAUAUGUAGGCCCAUUCUAAACCGCUUUAAGUCCUCCACAUAAACUCCUUUACUGCAGUAGUAGUAGCUGGGUUGUAUUUUUCUAAUGACAUAGUAUGCCAGAUAUACACUUAAUGAUGAAUUUUAUUCAACCAAAGAUGUCAUUAACCGUGGAAAACAUUUAUUUUAAGUGUGUGUAAAUUUGUGUAUGGCUUAUAGAGACUUUAUAAAGACUAAACAUGCUCAA